AAGAACGUACUUACUCUCUCUCUCUCUCUCUCUCUCUCUCUCUCUCUCAGCGCAAACCCCCCUGAAUAAACCUCACCACGCGGCUUCGUCACCACCUCCAUUGCAUGCGUUUUGUUCGUUUCCUCCUCAUCUCUCUCUCUCUCUCUCUCUCUCUCCGGAAGGCGAAUCCAGGAAAUCCAGAGGACGGACGGAAUCGGCACGGCGACGAGGAUUAUUAGCCUGUUUCUAUGGCUGUUGAGGCUCGGCGUUGCAACCUCUUUCCUUCGCAAUUCCUUGGAAACAUGUAGAGAGAUGAUAAGCGGUGUUGAAGGCAACGUGAACGUUUACAAUAACAAUCCAGUCGCGUACGGAUUUCUUCCGGCGACGGAGAAUCUGCUUCCGAUGUAUGGUUCUGCGAUUGCUGAUUGUCUUCCGGCGAAAAAUGCGAUCAAGUCCGAUAGCGGCCUUACGUACGCCCUUCCGGUGUCGAGAAAGCGGUCAAGAGAUUGCUUGAAUCCAUUGCUCACGUUUCCGAAUGGCCAGCUUCAGCGUCAGAAUAACAUCAGUCGAUGCGGUUCUUUCACCUUUCUCGGCGAGGAUAUUUCGUUACAGAUCCAACAGCAGCAGUUGGAGAUUGAUCGCUUCAUUGCUCAACACACAGAGAAGGUGAAAUUGGAGAUUGAGGAGCGGCGAAAGCGGUACUCGAGGAGCAUUGUAGAGGCAGUAGAGGAAGCGAUUGUGAAGCGGUUGAGAGCGAAAGAAGAGGAGAUAGAGAAGAUCGGGAAGAUGAAUUGGGCACUGGAGGAAAAAGUAAAGUCCCUGUGCGUUGAAAAUCAGAUCUGGAGAGACCUGGCGCAGACGAAAGAGGCGACGGCCAACGCGCUGAGGAGCAACCUCGAGCAGAUCCUGGCGCAGCACCACCACGGGGUCUGCGCAUUGGAAGAAGCGGCCGAUUUGAUCGACGACGCUCAGUCGUGCUGUGGCAGCAACUACGGCGGGGCGGAGGAGGAGCGGCGCACUUUAGCAGGGUGCGGUGGAGAGAUAGUGGCGGGGAAGGACAAGCGUGAUGAUGAUUUUGGCAGGAGCAGGAGCAGUAGCAACAGCCUCAGGCUGUGCAGGCACUGCGGGAAGGAGGAAUCCAGCGUGUUGUUGUUGCCGUGCAGUCACCUUUGUCUCUGCACUGUUUGCGGAUCGUCGGUCCACACUUGCCCCAUCUGUAACACCCCCAAGACUACGAGCGUUCACGUAAUUGUGCCAUCUUGAAUAUCUCUCCCUUUUAAUUUUCUUUCAAACGAAAAUAGCGUAGAAGAAAAUACAGUUAUUAGCAUCAUCCUGAUUAGUCUCAUUUCAUUCAGGUUUUGUAAUUAUCUCUUUCUCUCAUUUUGUAUUUAUUUACUUGGUUAUAAUUUUCUUCGGA